AUGAAAUACAUAAUUCUACUAUGUUUCCUGGCUUGUGUUUGUGCCCGACCCGAGACAUAUAACAACAAAUACGAUGGUGUUAAUUUACGCGACAUUUUAAGUAACCGAAGAUUACUGGUUCCUUAUAUACUUUGCACCUUGGAACAAGCGCAAUGCACACCGGAAGGCAAAGAAUUACGGUCUCACAUCAGAGAAGCUUUAGAGAAUGAUUGCGGUAAAUGUACUGAACCUCAGAAGAAGGGCACUCAACUUGUAAUAACACAUCUUGUCCAACAUGAAGAUGAAUUUUGGAAGCAAUUGGUUGCCAAGUACGAUCCCACCAACAAUUAUGUGACGAAAUAUGAGAAACAAUUGAAGUCUAUUAAAUCCAGACCUUAA